AUGCCUAGUUCCCCAGACGCUGCUCCUGCUGCUGCUGCUGCUAAUACUAAUGCUGCUGAAUCGCCUGCGUUCAAGUCGUACUUGAACAACGACGGGAUCGACGAUUUGACGCCCUCGCAGAGGAAGCACAAGGUGUCCUCAUUGUCGCUCUCUGACUUGAAUCAGUGGCAGAACGGCUUGACCAAGCUCUCGUCGUCUGCCUCUUUAAGUAAACAGGGGUCUAACGCCAACUUGAAGAAGGUCGACUCGUUGGCCAAGUUGCUGAGAAACUCGUCCAUCAUCAAGCGUAAGAAGAAGUCCAUCAUUGACCACCCAAGAGUGGCUUCGUACGCUUUCUGUUUCGAUAUCGAUGGUGUUCUCUUGAGAGGCCCCGACACUAUCCCUGUUGCAAAAGACGCUAUUCGCAUGUUGAACGGCGAUAACAAGUAUAACAUCAAGGUUCCUUCAAUCUACGUCACGAACGGUGGUGGUAAGCCUGAGCAAGUUAGAGCCGAUGACUUGUCUAAGAGAUUGGAGACAGAAAUCAAGGUGGAACAGAUCAUCCAGGGCCACACACCUAUGAGAGACUUGGUGCCUCUUUACAAAAACGUCUUGGUUGUAGGUGGUGUCGGUAACGUGUGCAGAAACGUUGCUGAGUCUUACGGCUUCAAGAAUGUAUACACUCCAUUGGAUAUUUUGAAGUGGAACCCAGCAGUCUCUCCUUAUCAUGACUUGACUGAGGAAGAGCUUGUCUGUUGCAAAGAAGAUGUGGACUUCUCCAAGAUAUCCAUUGAUGCCAUUCUUGUUUUUGCUGACUCAAGAAAUUGGGCAGCUGACCAGCAAAUUAUUUUGGAGUUGCUUUUGUCGAAAAAUGGUGUCAUGGGUACCGAAUCCAAGACUUACAACGAGGGCCCCGAGAUCUAUUUUGCCCACUCCGACUUUAUUUGGGCCACUAACUACAAGUUGAAUAGAUACGGUAUGGGUGCUUUGCAGGUGUCCAUUGCCGCAUUGUACAGAGAGCAUACCGGUCUCGAAUUAAAAGUGCACAGAUUUGGUAAACCUCAAGUUGGCACUUUCAAGUUCGCCAACAAGGUCUUAAAGAAAUGGAGAAGAGGAAUGUUGGACGAGCACUUAAAGAAGAUGAACAUUCAUGAUCCUAAUGCUCAAGAUGCCGAUAUCUUGAUUAAUGACGAGGGUGAAGAAUUCAUCAAUCAGGCUAAGUUGGAUUCGGGCAACUACGAGAGUGAUGAGGAUGACACUUCUGACGAUGACACCGACAAGGCAGUGGAUAAGUUGGGAGAAUUGAGCUUGCAGGACAAGAUUCAGUUGCAGUUGCCUCCUGCAUCGACAGUUUACUUUGUCGGUGACACUCCUGAGUCCGACAUCAGAUUUGCCAACUCGCACGACGAUUCGUGGUUCUCCAUUCUUGUGGAAACCGGUGUAUACCAGGCCGGCACUGAGCCCAAGUACAAGCCAAAGCACGUGUGUAAGAAUGUGCUUGAAGCUGUCAAGUUUGCGAUUGAGAGAGAACACGAGAUGGAGUUGAAGGAAUGGAAUGAGACCGCCGAUGACGAGGACGACAGUAGAGUCUCCUCCAAGAUCAAUUUCAACGACUUUAUCAUGACGCCUAGCGAGAAGAAGGAGGCUGAAGAGCAGGAACAGAAGAAGCUUCAAAAGGAGAAGGCCAGAAACAUCAAGACGGUGGACGAUACUGAGUCUGUCGAAGUGCCAGCAAUGCUCUCAGCAGAGCUCGAUAAAUUCAAAGAGAAAUAA